AUGUCCCUGCAACCGGCCCCCCUCACAAUAUUCACGCUGAACGCUAGGGGACUCAACACGCCAGAAAAAAGGGCCGGGGCUCAUAAGGAUUUCAGGGCGGCCCACGCCUCCAUAGUGUUUCUACAAGAGACCCAUUUCCGGGCAGGCUCACGACCCACACUGACUAAUCAACACUAUCCAAAAGGAUACUACAGCGACUUUCAGGGGGGUAAGUCACGGGGCACGGCGAUUCUCCUACAUAGACACCUCCCCUUCACAGAAACAGGGGUCAUGACAGACCCAGAGGGCCGCUUCCUAUUCCUCAAGGGGACGAUCGCGAACACAACAUAUACCUUUGCCAAUCUCUACGCCCCUAACCGCGGGCAAUAUAAAUUCCUGGCCAAGACGCUCCGCACACUUGUAGGCUUUCAAGAAG